CAUCCACUUUCCAACUCUUACUUUAUUUAUCCAUUGACACGACACAGAUAAAAAGAAAUCGGAUUCCUUUUUCAAAACCAUCAUUUCAAAUUAGAUCAUUAGCGUUGACAAUAGUUUUUUUUUAUCACACAAUGCUCGAACCAGUGACACAGAUCUGUAAAAAAAGCUAUAGAGUUCGAUUAAAUCAUCCUCCAUUCCGAAUUUGAAAGUCGCGAGGCGCGCACGUUCGAAAAAAGAAUGUAAACAUCUCUAAAGCGCGCCAAAACUUUACUUUUAAAUUAAAAAUUUUUAAACAGUGAAAAUGUUGCCAGUAGUAUUUUUUUUAAUGUACGCUAGUUUUUCGAAUGCGAAUUAUUUUGCGAAUAGUGUAAAUCACAUGGAGUUUUAUAGGAAUAGGACGCGGCCUUCGAAGGCGUUUUCUAGUUUUUCCAAUAGUUAUUUUAAUCAGAAUUUGUUGCAAAGGCCAAGUAAGGUGAAUAAGGUGCAGUGUGGUACUAGGACUGUAGAUUUUAAUCCGAGAAGAAUGGCGAAAAUUGUUGGUGGUUCUGAAACGCCGUACGGAGCUUUUCCUUGGCAGGUGGAAAUCCAAAUGCUUGACACAGAGAAGCUGACUUUCGAGCAUCAGUGCGGCGGGGCGGUCAUCGCGGAGCGCCUGGUGCUUAGUGCGGCGCACUGCUUCGACAAACACCCGUUGCAAGUGGAACGCAUCCGCCUGGUGAUGGGGGAACACCGUCUGAACAUCCAAGACAAGCAUGAGCACCGGUUCCUCGUGGAGAAGGUGGUCCCACACCCUGAGUUCAGAAAAAACGGACCCCACAGCAACGACAUAGCCCUAAUCCUAGUGGCCCGCUCCAACCACGUGCAGUUCAACUCCCACGUCCGCCCCAUAUGUCUGCCUGACGCAGGCGCGGAAAGUACGGGGAGGUGGUGUGCGGUCACCGGCUGGGGGUACCAGACAGAGAGCACAGAAAGCUUCGCUCCCGUGCUGCGCGCCGCCGCCGUGCCGGUUUUGGACUUGGCUACUUGUAGAAAAGACCAGAUCCUCGGUGGGAGGCAGCAGGCGAUUCUGGACUCUAUGAUAUGCGCAGGCAUACUCUCAGGAGGUGUAGACGCGUGCAAGGGCGACUCAGGGGGUCCCCUGGCCUGCACCCACGGGGGUCGCUGGCAGCUGCACGGGGUCGUGUCCUGGGGCUCCGGCUGCGGCCGGAGAGCCCGGCCAGGGGUCUACACGAGGGUCGCUGCCUACGUGGACUGGAUCACAAAGACUGCGAGUGCUUUAGGACAUAGACUAUAG